AUUACUGUAAUUCAAGCCAAAAGGCAGCGUUAUUUUAAAAACAACAACAGUCUUGAUAACCACCCCCAGUCACUUCAGAGGAGUUUACUACAUACUUCACUACCACGCCAUUUCUGCUUGCCAUGUGUAACACGUGAAGCCCUGAGGGGAUUUUGUUCCACAGAGCUGGCUAUUUUUUACUUCAUAUCUUCAAGCUAAUCAAUUAGGACUGCACAUUACUAGAAACAUAUGGAAAACACCGUGUACGUAUCAUCCAACUCAACAGUUUUUCUACCACUAUUCCCGACAUCGGUCCUUGCUGUGCAUCCAAACGAGCGCCCACCCACCAGACGAAACCACCCUGAUCCAGAGCCCAUAACGGAGCUGAGAGAGGUAAGAGAGACAACAACGCAUUAUUACCAUCGAAGCACACAGAUACACCAUCAAUUCACGGGCCAUCAUGGGGAGGUUGUGUGAGAUGGCUCUUGUGUCCCUUCUUAUUGUGUUUCUCCUGAACACUGACUUGACAUGGGCUAAAAGAGGUAGCAGCAGCAGCAGCAGCAGCAGCAGCAAGAAAACCUCAUCUUCCAGCAACAAGGGUGGGACAUCAAAACCAUCCAGUCCCAAUCGAAAAACCAAUCCAUAUCCUUCUGGUGGAAGUUACCCUCAUCCAGGAACAGGCAACACCAAUCCAGGAGGAAAUCCAAGACAAAACCCAGCAAGUUAUCCAGGAGCCGGUAGUAACCCCAACCAGUAUCCUGGUAGAGUCAAUCCUGGAGGUAAUCCAAACCAGAACCCUGCAGGUGGCUAUCCAGCAGCAGGUGGCUACCCAGCUGGAGGAGGUUAUCCUAACCAGAACCCUGCAGGUGGCUACCCAGCUGGAGGAGGUUAUCCUAACCAAAACCCAGGGAGAGGGAAUUAUCCAAAUCAAUAUCCACCUGCUGGAGGCUACCCAGCAGCAGGUGGCUACCCAGCUGGAGGAGGUUAUCCUAACCAAAACCCAGGGAGAGGGAAUUAUCCAAAUCAAUAUCCACCUGCUGGAGGCUACCCAGCAGCAGGUGGCUACCCAGCUGGAGGAGGUUAUCCUAACCAAAGGUCCCCUUACCAGUACCCAGCAGCAGGUGGCUACCCAGCAGCAGGUGGCUACCCAGUCAGAGGGGGAAAUACAGGACAGGGUUGGGGUCAGCCUGGUGCAAAUCCAGGGGGUUACCCUGGUGGAGGGAUGGGUGGUUACCCCAACUGGAACCCAAAUAAUAAGAUCCUCAGUCCCCGCUAUGGUGGAGGAGGCUAUGGAUAUGGUGGUCAUGGGAUGGGAGGUUCUCCUUUCUCUCGUUCUGUGCAGGGUAUGGGAUACCAGCCCAAGUCUACAGGUUUUGCCAAAAAAGCCAUGAUGGCAGCAGGCGUUGGUGCUUUGGCUGGAAUGGCCGUUGGAUAUGGACUAGGGCGCUUCCCUCGACCACAUUUCAAUUUCCGCAACCCUGAAGAAGAGCACUACUACAACAACUACAUGUACCGUCGUUAUGGCUCUCAGUCCACAGAUGAAAAAGACUUUGGCCGUGAUUAUGUCUACAACCUUCCUCCACGGGCAGAGUCUUAUGAGAAAUUCAUGGGUCGCUGUAUGAAUAGGACUGACCUUAAAGAUCAGGGCAGCAGCUCUUCCACUCCUCAAAGUCUGGGUGGAGGUGAUGAGGAGGAUGAUGACACCGUCAGCAUUGAGGAGAUCGGAUACCCAGCCCUAAUUGUGCAAUUGAAGGCCCGGCGUUGUGUUGAGCAGUACAUGGUCUACUCUGAGCGCUUCCUGCAGAAACGAAAAGCCGAGCAACAACUCCAGCCUAGUCGCAGCAGCCCUCUUAGCUUCGGAGUGAUUCAGCUUUUCACCUCCCUCUUCAUGCUUCUGUCCAGCAUGCUCCUUCUCCAGUGAGAACAAUUAGUCUUCCUUUCACCAUACCCCAAAUGGAUUUCUACUUCCAUUAUAUCUGCACGUCCACAUACUUCUAAUGUAUAUUAUCUCCAUAUCAUCAGCCAUAGCUGUAUACUUAAUGGGUCAUAUUUAGUCAAUCAUGUAUUAUUGCAGGAGAAAACUAGCAAAAGGUAACAAAAUGGUGAUGUGUGUAUAGUAACUGAAGGAGUAGAUUUAAAGAGGGUGCAGUCAGUUUAAGAUUUUACAGUUUUGUGUUGCACAAGCAGCACUAUUUUUUUUCUGUUAAUUGUUUCAAGAAUUUAUUUAGCACCUCUGCUAUUUUGCACUUUUUUACUCCACCGAACUGAAUACAUAGAAAAGAGAUUCAGGUUACUUUAGUUCAGUUUUUGCGACAAUGUGUUACGACAAUUAGAUCUGCUACUGUGUAAAAUAGGAAUGUGACGAUAAGAGUUUUAUAUAUGUACAAAAACAUCCAAUUAACAUCAUUGCAUUCAUCCAUUCAUCUGUACUGGACAAUUCAGAGUGGACAGAGGGAUUUUUCAAUUGGUGAAAUAUGCUUAAUCAGAAGGAAAUUUUAUUUUCAUCAAAUAUAGAAAAGUGUUUACGCUUGGGUUCCACUAUUAAAUUUGGACACGUGUAAACAUAAGAAUACAGAGUUGAGCCAUAUUAGGUUGGAGACCAAUCAUCAAGGUGUUUCAGCAUUUAAAGAAAUGUAACUUUGACCCAUUUAAAAAGAUGGCUUUCAAAGCAGAUUUUCAGAUUGUCAGUGCAACAUGCAGGUCUAGUGAUAACUUCCAAAUAAUGUAGUUUGACAAUGGAAACAAAAAGCAGUAAAGGAACUAUAUUUUCAUUUUUGGAUGAGUUAUCACUGAGAAAGGAGAAAUAAAUGCCUUCAGUCCACAAUGUGGUUUGCCAGCGGUUUGCUCAACUUGAUAUAUGGAUCUGUGAUAAUGUGAGGAGCCGUCCGUUGGGCGUGAUCAGGUUUAAUGUUUGAUUCUGCGUUGUUGUGUAAUGGCCAAGACGAGGCCAUUUAAUGGUCGCAAGAUAAGUGUGCACGAGCAUUUUGGUACAAACACCCUAAUGGUGUUUACGUAUUGCAAGAUGAUAAUACCGUGAAGUAUUUCCUGUAAACUAUUAUUAAGUCAGACUUCUCUCAUGACCUCAAAAUUGGCGAAUUGGUGAAUCAGUUCAAACCAAAUGAUGGAGGCCAUUUCCGUGUGAACAGAUGGUUUAAUAUCCCACAAUGAACGGUUAAACACUUGUAUGACAAAAUAAGACUGAAGGUGUCCUCAAAGUAAAGAAUAGCCCUACUCCUUCUCAGGUACAUGAUACUCACACAUUGUUUGUUUGUUGUUCAGCUGCCUGUAAAAUCCUGGAUUGCAUGUAAUAGCUUUGACAGUAAGGUGGCAUCAGUGAACAAAUGGCAUCAUUUGUGGUGUAGUGGUGUUGCUACCUUGCCUGCAGCUGUUGAGGACAAUAAUUGCAUUUGUUGACGAUUGCGCCUGAUGCUUUUAACUUGUGCAGUGCUAGCUUGGUGAAAGCUGGGAUUUGAUUUGAACAAUUCAAGACUUUAAUCCUAAAUUCUCGCAUCCCAGCACUUACUCUGCUUUAUUUCUGUACCUUAACCUUACUCAUCACACACAGUCUCCUUAUGUCACAUCUGUCGUCAGUCAGAGAAGAUUAACACUGCAACUGGAAGCACUGGCACUGGCUUAAAAUUGCCUGGAAACAGUGGAAGUUACAAAGGGCUUUGCUUCACUGUCACAUGAAUACUACUGUGGCGGCCAGGAGAUUUGUUCCCAUACCUUUUGCCAACCUUGGAUUCAUGUUUCCAGGCAUGCUCUUAAGUUUCCAUACUUCCCAGGCUUGACCCGAUCAGAACAUCUCUGCAUCUUCCUCUCACCACCUGAAUCUUCCUGUAGCACAGUGAAAUAGUCAUAGGUCAGUUGUUUGCGGGUCUGUAAAUACCUCUGCUUGCUUUUCCUGAACUCAAGCCUCUCCUGGCUGUCAUGGUGCGCGCAAAAACUUUGUUCUCCUUUUCCUUUAAAGUCAGUUUAAUGGACUUUCAACUCUCAAUGGGUUUGUGCUGUUGUGUAUAGUGACAUUUGUCAGUACACUAUUUCUUUGUGUUUGUGAUUCUUUUACUAUUUUAGCUUGUUUUCUUUUAUCGGACUGUUUUAAUUAUUUCUUUCUGGGUUUUGUAAUGCACUUUGUUACUGUGUUUUGAAAAAUGCUACAUAAAUUAAGUUUGCAGGCUCUCAAUGAUGCCAUUUUCAAGAUAUUUUCACCCAAGUAAAGUCACUGCUCAUUUCAGUCUGCUAUUUUGAGUCUGACUACAGGUGCAUUCAGUAAAGUCUGUUGUUGGUAAGUUCACACACAUUAUUUAGUGUGUAAGAACUUAUGUGUAAAGUGUGCUUCUGUCCAAAUACUUGCAAAGCAUACUGUACAGUAUAUCUGGAAGUGAUUUUAUAGCGGUGGUCCUUUACUUUGUUCUUUCCAGCCAGUCUUACUUCAUAUUUCUUUUUUAUUCUUUUAAUCUCCCAGUUAAUUCGUUUUCAUACUCCUCCCAGGGUUUUUACUGUUCAUUUUUGAUUCUGUCAAAAUGUUUUCUAUCGAUCAACAGUUUCACAUUUUCAUACCAUCUAGGCUGUAGAAUAUCUUUAAAGUGCACUUAUGUCCCUUUAGGAUUAGAUAUUCUGUAACCAUGUCAUUGAACUUGUACUGGGAGUACGGACAUCUGUGUGAAUCUUCUGGUUUUGACUUGCAAUUGUAAACACGUUGGGUUUCUCAUCAAACAAUAUGACUAAUAUGGUUUGUCAUGGAUGUUUAUGUGUUAAAUAAAAUAAGUAACAAAAUAA